GACCAAACAAGCACAUGCUGGUCAUAUGACUUCAGUCGUCUCCCAAGAUGGUCGGUGGUAAGAUGGGUGUACUGUUCUUCCUGGCGUUUCUUGCGUUUUCAGCAGGAACCCCUCUGUUUCAUGAUGAAAGCCAACUAGUAACAAAGUUGGAACAAGAAGUUGAAGGCAGAAAUUUGAAGGUGAAUGCUGAAUGUGAACUGUGUAAGGUAUUUGUGGGUGAGAUUGAAAAGAAGUUGGAUGAUCCAGGGACAAUGGCACAGCUCAAUCAAACUCUCUGGGGCUACUGUUUGCAGGUUACCAACAGCUCAACGCUGUGUGGACUGGUUAUACCACAGGCUUUGUCUGAAAUUGAAAAGGCAUUAUCCACAAGUCCACAAGCAGCAUGCACUGGGCUUGGGAUGUGUCCAUCAGACCAGGGUCUCUCUUCUCAAAGAAACCAACUGGUUCCAAAAUUCAAAGAACUAAUGCAAAAGAAAAAAAGGCCGGACAGCAAGGGCUGUGUCAUUUGCCAGACAGUGCUUGGCCUGGUGGGAAUGAUGUCGCAAAACCCAAUUGUGAUGUCUGUCCUUAAUACCACACUGUGGAACGUGUGUGAAGGAGCAACCCAAAACAGCGAUAGUUGUCGAAUAUUUGUGCCAGUUGUGAUGAAUGUGUUACAGAGUGUGCUGUCCACAAACCCAAAGGUUGCUUGCACUGAUAUUGGAUUUUGUGUAAGAGGUCCACGUAAAACUUUUCAAGGUGAAAAAAUACAGGAGGGUGACAGUGAGUGUGAGCUGUGCAAAAUAGUAGUAAAUGGUCUGGAGGAUAUACUGGACAGUAAUGAGGUGAUGGGGAAGAUCAAUACCACCUUGUGGAAUGCCUGCAUGGAAUUAACCCAAAGCUCCCAAGAGUGUGGCACACUGGUACCAAUGGCUGAAAACUUUAUCAAGUCUGUACUGUCUACAGAUCCAUCAGAAGUUUGCACUGAACUUGGGAUGUGUACUGGAGGACAACAUCUUUUGGGAAACUUAAAGAAGAAAAUGAGCAGUGCAAAAGUGCAGGAGGGUGACAGUGAGUGUGAGCUGUGCAAAAUAGUAGUAAAUGGUCUGGAGGAUAUACUGGACAGUAAUGAGGUGAUGGGGAAGAUCAAUACCACCUUGUGGAAUGCCUGCAUGGAAUUAACCCAAAGCUCCCAAGAGUGUGGCACACUUGUACCAGUGGCUGAAAACUUUAUCAAGUCUGUGCUGUCUACAGACCCAUCAGAAGUUUGCACUGAAAUCGGGAUGUGUAGUGGUGGGCAACGUCUUUUUGGAACCCUGAAAAAGAAAACCAGCAUUGGAAAAGUGAAGAAUGGUGCCGGGUGUGAAGAGUGUAAAUUAGCAGUGACAGCAGUGGAGCAGCUGUUGAACAGCCCAGAAGUGAUUCAGAAAGUGAACAGCACUUUGUGGAAUGAAUGUAUGAACAUAUUGCAAAGCACACAAACGUGUGGAACAUUUGUCCCUCUGAUCAUCAAUGAACUCAAGUCUUUGCUCAGUUCUGAUCCACAGACCGUCUGCUCUGAACUAGGAUUAUGCACCAGUGGCCAGUCAACAUUUUUCCGUCAGAAAAUUGGGAAAGAAAGUGGAAUAGAGAAUGGUGACGGGUGUGAAGAGUGUAAAUUAGCAGUGACAGCAGUGGAGCAGCUGAUGAACAGCCCAGAAGUGAUUCAGAAAGUGAACAGCACUUUGUGGAAUGAAUGUAUGAACAUAUUGCAAAGCACACAAACGUGUGGAACAUUUGUCCCUCUGAUCAUCAAUGAACUCAAGUCUUUGCUCAGUUCUGAUCCACAGACCGUCUGCUCUGAACUAGGAUUAUGCACCAGUGCUCAUGAGCAGCAAUGGAUAAAACUUCGCACAGUGCGAUCUUUGAGAGUUGAAGCCAAUAGUGUUGAAUGUGACAUCUGCAAGUUUGUUAUGCAGAAAAUAGAUGACUAUCUAAUGGCACACAUGAAUGAUACAGAAAAGAUCAUCAAUGAUGUAUGCAAGAGACUUCCACCUCCCACUAGCACAGAAUGCCUGAAGACAUUGGAUCCUUUGUUUGAAGAAUACUAUCCCCUUCUAGUGCUGAUUGUGUUGUCUCCAGAGAACGCCUGUACAUACCUGAAAAUGUGUCCUAAAACUGCAGAGACAAUUUUUCAUCAAUUUAACUAAGAAAGAUAUUCAUAUUGCUUAAGACUUAAACUGGAAGUUAUUGUGACUCAAAAAUACAAUACUAUCCAAACCAAGGGUAAAUUUGUUAUAAUUAUUACAAUUUUUUCAUGAAUGACUAUGUAAUUUCAUACAGGAGUUUCUAAAGAAGACUGAUGAACUUGUAAAUUAAUUUUAAUUUUCAAAAACAUGUAAUAUUAAUUCUUAAGGCAAGUUAUUUUUAUCUUAACACAUACUUUUAUUUUUAUUAAUAGACUGUAUUACUUUGCUGUAUAGUGAAAGUUUUACAUUUAGACAAGUUAGAUAUUUGCACACCCAACAAGCAAUAGGCAGCUUUUAAAUUUGAAGUUUUUAAUUUAAUAUUAAUUUACAUCAAGUUUUAAGUUGAACUUGCUCAAAUAAUUAUAUUUUCUGAGAUUCAUGCCGGACAUGGAGCUACAAUAAAACUUAUAUUUUCUCACGUUUAAAAAAUGAAAACUGUUUUAAAGGUUUUGGUUGAUGACAGCAAUAAAGAUUUUCCUGAAGAAAGAGA